CUAUAUGAAAUACAAUAAUUGUAUUUAUUUAUUAAAAUUAUUUUACUUGCCUGUAUUACAGUAUUUUGGUUGUAUAGUAUACAAAGUACUACAAUAAAAAUACUACAACAUGAGUAAUAAAAUUGUCGAUAAAGUUUGUACGAUAUGUGAUGGGAAUAAGACAAUUUGCAGAAAUUUUGGUGCCAUUACUUGCGAUUCGUGUAAAUCAUUUUUCCGGAGAACUGCACUCAUAACAAGGCCAUUGAUCUGUCCCUCGGAUGGUAAAUGCAAUAUAACCACAGCAACGAGAAAAUGUUGUCAAAAAUGUAGACUUAAUAAGUGUUUUGCAGUCGGAAUGAAAAAAGAGUUCAUACGUGAUGUGGAGGCAAAUGAGUUAAGAAAACAAUUAAUUAAAGAAAAUAAACAUAAAUCUCAACAAAAUAAUGAAAACAAUUCAGUUGACAAACCUAUUGAUAAUUCUGUGGACAAUGUCAUCAACGAUACAUCAAAUGAGACCAAACUUUCUGAUGAGACAUACGCUCAAGAAAUCGAGACAUACGCUCAAGAAAUCGAGGCAUUGAUCGAAGACUCGCUUAAUAUCAGCGAUGAAGCACUCAGUGAACAGAUUAUGGAAAUUGAAAGUUAUGUCAUAAAAGAUACAAACGUUGAAAAAGUGGCUCAAAAUACUAACCCUUUAGCAGUGAUACCUAUUUUCAAAGAGAUCACAGACUAUAACGGAAUCAAUCACUUGGAGUCCAACCGGAUAUCCGAGUUGUUGAGCGCAUCCAAUGUUAUAAACUAUCCGUUUUCGUCAAACAUAACCGAAAUAACAGAUUAUGACUUAUUUGUCCGGUUAAUGGCACCGGGAAGUGAUACUUACGAUGAACAUACUACUAUAUGCUUUCCCAUUGAAGUAGUAAAACAUCGUAACAUGGAAAUAUUCAACAAAACCAAACCAAUAGUGGACCGACUGUUGACUGAAUGGCAACACGAUUCUGUUAUUAUGGAAUUGUUAACAGCAAUUAUAAUAUUUAAUCCAAACGCACCGAAUGUAACA